GUUCUUUUUAAAAAAGUAAUCUGUGAUGCGACAAUUGAUCAAGUAUCACUUUUUAUGAAUGGUUUAGGUUUACUUAAUGCUACACUUAAUUCAUUACCUAUUACUAAUAUCACUCGUAAAUGGCGUAGAAACGUUCACCUAGUCCAAUGUACCAUUGCUUCCGGGUUUAAUUUCCUCAUAAAUUUUGGAAUUACUUUAUUGCAUCCAUUAGUGAUAUCUAUUGGGAUGUUAUUUGGUAUUCCAAUUAGUGCAGAAGUAAGCUUAGAGAAUGAUGCAGCGAUAAUUAGAAUUAGUUGUUAA